AUGGCUUCUCUCUUUUGGAUCCAGCUUCGUGCUCUUAUAUGGAAGAAUUGGAUUGUUCAAUGGAAGUCUCCCAUCUUAAACGUCUUUAGAGCCUUCAUUCUUCCUAUCGCGUAUGGAGCCUUCUUGGCAGCAGCUCAGCUUUUCCUGAGCGAACUUAACAACUAUGGUAUUGGCGACCCCGUCCCAAUCCAUCGGCUUGCAAACGAAUACGACGGUUCUCUUACCCUUGUCUGGGCCGAUAUCACUUCUGGCACAAGCAAUCCGACUCCCGUAGACAUCGUCAACCGUAUCACGACCGGCUUCAACGACAAGCAACUGAAGGGCAUCAAACAAGUCGACUCGGCGGCCGCGAUACUGGAAGCGUGUCCUCAGAACUUCAACCUCUUCUCACCUUGCUUUGCUGCGGUCGCAUUUCACGACAUUCCUGACGGCGGAAACUCUCCGAUCAAUUACACAAUCUAUGCCGACUCUGGUUUGAGCUACAUCAAUGUCGUCAAGCAUACCAGUGAUUUCGAAAAGAGAGUGCUGCCUCUGCAAUGGGCUAUAGAUCAGGCGAUCAUAGAGCUGCAAACAGGCGUCGAGGUCCCUACUCCUUUGGAAUGGCCAUUCACGCAAGAGACAAAUGAACAGCAGGAAACCGACGUGCGACUCAGCUACGUUCGAGCGAUUACUGACUUGCUCGUCCUAGCCUUGUUCAUCACGUUCGUCGGCAUUACCUACCAACUUCCUGGCUCAUUCGCUGGGGAAAGAGCUAAUGGCCUGACCUCCCACAUGAAGGCCAUGGGGCUUAUGGACAAAGCGCGGAUAAUCUCCUGGCACCUUAGCAUCUCCAUCACAUACCUUCCGGCGUGGAUAAUAAUUUCGAUCCUCUGGCGCUUUCGAAUCUGGGCCGAAACCAACGUCGGAAUCAUCCUUCUGGUCCAUGUCCUCUUCGGCCUCUCCCUCGCCAGCUGGUCCUUCUUCGUCGCUGCUCCUUUCGGGAAGAGUCCACAAUUGGCGGCUGUGGUAACCACGUUUUUGGCAAUCAUCCUGGCUGUAAUCGCGUUAGUUAUGAAAUCUGCGACGACUGGCACUGCCUUCAUCUUUACACUCAUUUUCCCUCCCGCAUUCUACGUGUUCGCCACCAGAGCCAUCUGUGGAUUCGAAGAUCAGCUUUUGGGAGCUAAUCUUGUCAAGAGGGACCCCGAGUUUGGGCUGUCAUUAUUACCCUUGGUUAUCGCUGCUCUUAUUGACAUUUUCCUUUGGCCAUAUCUCGCUGUACUCUGGGAGCGCCACCUAUACGAAGCAAAACUACCAAGCAGUGUCCCUUGGUGGAAGUUCUGGAAGAGGUCUCCAACUACUACCGAUGCCGCCUUGCCAAAUGAUAAGGCCAUUUCAGUGCGAAAUCUUCAAAAGGUGUAUCGCACAUCAAGAUGGAGUACCAAGGGAGGGGUAACCGCUGUCGAGAAUUUGAGUUUCGAUGUUCCCAAGACCGGCAUCUUCGUCCUUUUGGGAUCCAAUGGCGCUGGAAAGUCGACUACGAUGUCCAUUGUUGGUGGCCUCGAUGGUCAAACUGGAGGCCAGGUCAUCUUUGAAGGUGGACAUCUCCGGCCUCCUCGCGGCACCAUCGGAAUCGUCCCCCAGAAGAACGUUCUGUUCCCCGAGCUCUCGUGCCUGCAAACCCUUCGCGUGUGGAAGGCUGUGAAGUGGUCUCCUACCUCCAAUCCCACAGAAGACCUGGAGCAGCUCUUGAAGGACUGCGACUUGGGCAAAAAGAUUAAUGCGAAUGCCAACACGCUUUCCGGAGGUCAGAAGAGGAAGUUGCAGUUGGCGAUUGGAUUGCUUGGGGGUUCUAAGAUUGUAUUGGUUGAUGAAUGCACUUCCGGCGUCGAUCCACUCAGUCGACGUGCCCUUUGGCGAACUUUGACCUCGUUCCGAGACGAUCGCGCCAUUGUUUUCACUACCCAUUUCCUCGACGAAGCCGAUUUGCUCGCCGAUGAAAUCGCUAUCCUCGCCGCUCCUGGAAAGCUCGUCGCAUCCGGAUCACCGGUGGCCCUCAAACGCGACCUCGGAGAAGGAUAUUCCAUCUUCGUGACCUUCAAUCACAACAAUUCAGAGAAGGGCGAUCCUUCCCAGCACACCGGUCUCCUCGACGCCAUUCGCCCCAUCGCGCCUGAUGUUCAUUGCACGUCGCCGUCGCCAAACCAAUGCUCGUACCAACUCAAGACGAAAGAUUCGGCUGUUGUUCAACGAGUGCUCGAGCUCUUAGAAAACCAAGGUGCACAGUACAACGUCACCUCGUAUGACAUUCUCGGCACGACCAUAGAAGACAUUUUCUUGGAUCUUAUGGCACAAAAUGGUAUGCCUGUCCUGGGCUCUACCGACGACGCCGAGAAGCGCAAGUCAACUUCGACCAACGCCGCGAGCGAUUCGGCCUCCUUCAACCUAGCCGAUGGCCGACCUGUUUCGCCUUUCCGUCAAGCCCUCACCAUUUUCCACAAGCGUGUUCUCAUUGCCAAACGUAGCUGGCUCACCCCUGUCCUUACCAUCCUGGCGGCCAUCGCCGGCGCGUGUAUACCCCUUGUUUUCUUGAGGGGUCAGUCACAAUCGUGUACUCGGCCCUUGCGUGAACUCAGGCCAUUCCCAUUAUACGCGCCGUUCCUGUUCCUCGCUCAAGGAAACACAUCGACCGUCCUUGCGGAGCCUCCCGGUGUCCUCGACAUCCUCGGUCCUCAAGUCGGCCUAUUCCUGCCUGUGGCCAACGUCUCCAGCAAUGAUGCGUUCGUGGCCGAGAUCCGUCAAAAUUAUCGCAACCUCUCCUUUGGUGGUCUUUCAAUAAACGAUGAAAAUCAAGCCCUGUUCGCUUGGGAAGCAAGACCGCCUGGUUUAAAUGGACCUGUCCUCCUCAACUUGGUCACCAACGUCUUGUAUAACAGGGCGUUGGAAUCUACCGAUGGUGAUGUUCCUAGGCUCAUCCGGGCUCAGUAUACUGCGUUCCCGGGUAUUGCUGCUGGAACUUUGGUUUCGUUGAGAUGGAUCGUGUUCUUUGGCGCGAUCAUGGCUGUAUAUCCUGCGUUCUAUGCCCUCUACGUCUCUAGAGAACGAAGAUCGUCAGUCCAAGCCAUGCAACUUUCCAACGGUUUAACCGAUCCUAUUGGACUGUGGCUGGGACACCUAUUGUGGGACACGAUCAACGUUGUCAUCCUCUCGACUAUCAUUGUUAUCGCCUUUGCUGCUGCCUCUCCGGACAACUUCCAUGGCCUCGGAUUCUUGUGGUUCGUCAUGGUGCUAUAUGGCAUCACUGCCGCACUGUUCUCGUACUGUGCGUCGUUGUGGAUGUCUUCCCCUCUGGCUGCUUUCGCAGCCGUGGCUGGGUAUCAAUUUGUCGUCUUCGUUCUUUACCUCUGUGGUUACCUUCUGGUUCUCACAUACGGCGAGACGUCAAGCGCUAGCAAGGUCAUCACCAUCAUCCACUUUACCACUUCCAUUGUGGCACCUGUCUGCAGUGUGACCCGAGCCGCGCUCGUUUCAGUGAACCUUUUCCAACUCCUUUGUGACGGACGAACACCAGUGACAAACUCCUCGAUGGGCGACAUCAUGCGAUUCGGCGGGCCUAUCCUCUACCUCUUCGUAUACAUGGCUGUCCUGCUGGGCAUCCUCGUCUGGGCCGACUCCGGUUCUCAUACAACUCGCCGCCUCAACAACCUCAAAGCUCUUGUUGGCAGCGACGAGAAGCUCAGCGGCAAGGAAGACGUGGUGGUUGCAGCCGAGGAGGCCUCUCGCUCAGAUGAUUUGCUUCGCGUCCUUGGGAUCUCAAAGACGUAUGACGGACAAAAGGUUGUCAACAACGUCAACUUUAGUCUCCCACGAGACACUGUCUUUGCCUUGUUGGGUCCUAAUGGUGCUGGAAAGACUACCACGUUUAAUAUGAUUCGCGGGGAUGUUAUUCCUGACGAUGGCGACAUUCUUAUCAACGGCACUUCGGUUGUACGACACCCUCGUAGCGCUCGUGCCAAUCUCGGUGUUUGCCCACAGUUUACCGCCAUCGACUCGCAGCUCACCGUACGCGAGCACCUCCUCAUUUAUGGUCGCCUCAAGGGCCUGGACAAACAAGAGCUCUUGGAGAGCGUCGACACUGUACUGAAAGGUACUGCUCUCAUGCAAUACGCCGAUCGUCUGGCCAGCAAGCUUUCUGGAGGAAAUCAGAGGAAGGUCGCCCUCGCCAUUGCCCUGAUCGGCAAUCCUGCGGUAAUCCUCAUUGACGAGUUCUCAACUGGUAUCGACCCUAAAAUGAAGCGUGAUAUGUGGCAUACCCUUCGCAAGGUUGCCGUUGGCAAGGCUGUUAUCAUCACCACCCAUUCCAUGGAGGAAGCAUCUGCUUUGGCCAACAAGGUCGGAAUUCUGGCGAAGAAGCUACUGGCUGUUGGCACCACGGAAAGCCUUGCCUCCCGCUACGGUUCUUAUGAAGUCCACUUCACAUGCAGGAACCGCGAUGAGGUCGUUCAAGCUCGCAGUCUCAUGACCAACAUCCCAGGCGCUAAGAUGGCUGACGACGUGGCCACUCGAUUCGAAGUGCCAAUCGACUCUUCGGGAGGCAUCACCUUGGCACAAUUGUUCCGUAUCCUCUCCACACAAGGCAACUUCACCGAGUACACGGUGGAGAAGGCCACCUUGGAGAGCAUCUUCUUGAAGGUUAUUCGCGAAAACGACGUGUCAGAAGAGGAUCCUGAUGCGAAACGAAAAAGAUGUCCGAGCGAUGAAGAACCCGACGAUAGCAGCUAUGACGAGAGCGAAAAGAGUGGGGACAAUAGAUUCUGGGAGGACGCCAAACAGAAGGGGUUCCAGAGUGAGGAUAAUCGGGACUGUGGCCAGGUCUGA